GGGGGCUUGAAUCUUCGCAUCGACUUUGCUGCUUGCUUGAAUGCUUGAAUCCCCGCAAUCGGGCUAUACCUCUGAUCAAGGUCUUUCGACUUUCGUUUGUUCUGGGCUCAACUUGAGCCGCAAGGCCACCCUGCAAUGUCUUUACCAUUCCUUAUCUCCGUCGAUGCGGACUCGAUAUCCUCUCCCUCUCCCAGUGGCCUCACCCUAAAACAAGUUUCAUAUUUCGGCUGCGUGCUUCUCAAGUCACCUAGCUUGGAACGGGCUCUCUCGUUUGUCAACGCGAAUUUCACCACUUUCGAGAUAUGCGUCGACGCUACUGCUAUUGAGUCUGUGGGAGAUGUUGUGGACAUUCUCAAUGCCGGAGCAUCGAAUGUGUUUGUGACGCUGGGACAAUUGACAUCAUUGUCGAAAGAACAAUCCGUCCCCUCGUCUCGAUUGGUCGUUUCAAUCUCAUCCGCAGACGAGGUCGCCCAACUGAAAACUUGGAUUUUAGAGGAUAAGGAGAGACGCGAAAUAUGUGUUCACAGCGCAGGAUCCUCCCCCAUUGACGCUAUUCUAUCCGAACUUGAUGACAAUUCCUUGGUAAGAACCGUAUACCGCUCCUCGAUCGGCGAGACGACACAGACAAACUUCCUCCUGAACGAACAGGAAAGGGUUAUUAGCAUAAUCCCGUCUACAUCAUUAACGGUUGACGAUGAAGGGAACUCUGCUGUCAAGCUGCUGGUUACCGGUGCUAUCCCGGAUAACAACACUGGUCUCUAUGCUACGAUAGUCACGGAUGAGCGCGGAGUGGCGUUGGGGCUUGUUUGGAGUAGCGAGAAGAGUAUUUCAGAGGCAUUGAAAACUGGAACAGGAGUGUACCAAAGCCGGAAGCGUGGUUUAUGGUAUAAAGGCCAAUCCAGCGGGGAUAUACAGGAAUUGGUCAGAGUCGGGCUUGACUGCGACAGUGAUUGCUUGAUUUUCGUCGUCAAGCAGAAAGGCAGAGGAUUUUGUCAUUUGGGAACUGCCAGUUGCUUUGGCUCCUACACGGGGCUUUCUCGUCUCCAAAAAACAUUACAAGCACGGAGGCAGGACGCCCCGCCGGGAUCGUAUACAUCGCGGCUCUUCAACGACGCAAAACUAUUGGACGCAAAGAUCAUGGAAGAAGCCGAAGAAUUGUGCAAAGCAUCGACAAAGGAAGAAACUGCUUUUGAAGCCGCUGAUCUUAUUUACUUUGCUUUAACAAAGUGCAUCUCAGCUGGCGUAAGCCUAGAAGAUGUUGAAAGGAAUCUUGAUUUGAAGAGCAUGAAGGUGAAGCGAAGAAAAGGCGACGCGAAGCCAGACUGGGCUGCUAAGGUUGGCCUUGCUCCUCCCACGGGGAUUCAGAAGACGGCUGGAUCGGUCGAGACGGACAAACCGGUCGAUCAGAGAAUUCGGAUGAAACGGUAUAACACCGCCUCAGCUUCACAGAAGGACAUCAAAGAUGCUCUCCAGCGCCCAUCGCAAAAGUCCAAUGAAGCUAUUGUGGGUCUGGUGAAGCCUAUUAUUCAAGACGUGCGAGAGAAUGGAGAUGCCGCCGUUCUGAAAUACACCCACAAAUUCGAGAGGGCAACGUCCCUCACGUCGCCUGUUCUUCGCGCUCCAUUUUCUGAAGAUCUCAUGAAGCUUACACCAGAGACCAAAGAGGCGAUUGAUAUUAGUUUCGAAAACAUUAGGCGUUUCCAUGCUGCACAGAAAGAAGAUAAAGCCCUCCAGGUGGAGACAAUGCCGGGGGUCGUCUGCUCUCGUUUUGUCCGCCCUAUCGGAAGAGUUGGUCUCUAUGUCCCUGGCGGUACAGCUGUGUUACCUUCUACUGCGCUAAUGCUGGGAGUUCCUGCCAUGGUUGCUGGGUGUAAGAAGAUUGUCCUGGCUUCUCCACCACGUUCGGAUGGCAGUAUCUCACCCGAGAUCGUUUACAUUGCACAAAAGGUUGGAGCUGAAAGUAUUGUGCUUGCCGGAGGCGCUCAGGCGGUGGCCGCGAUGGCGUAUGGCACGGAGAGCGUUACCAAGGUUGACAAGAUCCUUGGACCUGGAAAUCAAUUUGUGACAGCUGCUAAGAUGCUUGUUUCCAAUGACACCUCGGCCGGCGUGAGCAUCGAUAUGCCUGCGGGUCCCAGCGAGGUUUUGGUCAUUGCUGAUAAGCACGCAAAUCCUGCAUUUGUUGCAUCGGACUUACUCAGCCAGGCUGAACAUGGCGUUGACUCCCAGGUUAUCCUGAUCGCUGUUGAUCUGAAUGAUGCAGAACUGGCUGCCAUCGAUGAUGAAUUGCAUCGACAAGCCAGUGAGCUUCCUCGCGUCGAUAUUGUGAGAGGUUCUAUCGAACACUCGGUCACUUUCGUCGUGAGAGAUAUCGAAGAGGCCCUUGCGCUAAGCAACGAAUAUGCCCCUGAGCACCUUAUCCUUCAGAUCCGGGACGCCGCAAAUGUAGUAUCUAUGGUAGAAAAUGCUGGUAGUGUCUUCAUCGGCGAAUGGACUCCAGAGAGCGUUGGUGAUUACUCUGCUGGAGUGAAUCACUCACUACCAACUUAUGGCUAUGCAAAGCAAUACUCCGGCGUUAACCUUGCUUCCUUCGUAAAACACAUCACCAGCUCCAACCUUACGGCUGAAGGGCUAAGGAAUGUUUCACAGGCUGUUAUGCAACUUGCAUCUGUGGAGGGUCUCGAUGCCCAUCGCCGGGCCGUCAGCAUCCGUGUCGAUUGGAUGAAGCAAAAUAAGGGCUAGAGUUUAUUACCCGCCCUUUGAGAUCUUUUAUAUAUGCACUGGAGGGCUACCUUGAUCGUGUAGUGUGUACUUUGUCCCUCGACGAUAUUUCGGAGUAGUCCGGUUUUGUUUCUAAAAGUAACAUGGCUAUGUAAAAUUAGAAAAGUGAAUACUUUUAUCAAAUAAUGAAUGCUAGAUAUGACCCACCUC